CACAACAAAAAUUAGACAAUCUAACUUAUUAUUGUAGUUGUAAUAAAACUCAGAUAGAAGCAAAAAGGCUUGAUUAUUAUAGCAGAUGUAAAACUCAUUACUGCUAUCAAUGCCUAACUUUACAGACACCAGACAAGUUAUAUCUUUUAGAUAACCAGCUUACCUGUACUGUUUGUUAUAAGAUAUUCCAUAAAGAACUAGAAUUAAAUAACCCAUGUAGUCAAGAAUAUUAUCAAAAUAGACUAGGAAGAGGACUCUUGUCUAUUGUAAAAUUUGUAAUUAUUAGAAACCUAGAACAAAAAUACAUUGAUUAG